UCAGUCAAGAUGGCUCCGCUCUCCGUGUUCCGAGUGGCACUUCUGGUGUCGUUUUCAGUGUUUCUCACUGUUGUUUUGGGUUUGGGACUGCCUGCUCUGCUGAACGCAGCCAUGAGGAUGUUGGGAUUACCGGAGACAAAUGUCACCGAGUGUAUAGUUAUGCUGUAUUUACUUUUUGUGCUGUACGUGGCGACGCCUCGGAUUCCCAGAGGAUUGGUGGAGGUGAAGGGGAAAGCUGUGUUUGUCACAGGUUGUGACAGUGGAUUUGGUCAUGCACUUGCCAAACAUCUGCACGAGCUUGGCUUCACCGUCUUCGCCGGAUGUCUUCUUAAGGAUAAAGGUGGAGACGGUGCGAAGGAACUGGAGGACUUCAAUUCAGACCGCAUGAAGGUAGUCCAGCUGGAUGUCUGCAGUGAAGAGCAGGUGAACCAGGCAGUGGAAUACAUCAAAGACAAUCUGUCUGACUCAGAAAGAGGUCUGUGGGCCGUGGUCAACAACGCUGGCGUGUCAACGUUUGGAGAAGUAGAGUUUACUUCCAUGGACACCUACAAGCAGGUCUCAGAAGUCAACCUGUGGGGAACUAUCCGAGUCACCAAGGCUGUUCUGCCCUUAAUCCGCCGGGCCAAAGGCCGUGUUGUGAACCUGGCCAGCAUGUACGGGAGGAUGGGAAACAUCAUGCGCUCGCCUUACUGCGUAUCUAAAUACGGCGUGGAAGCGUUUUCUGAUUGCCUUCGCUAUGAGAUGAAGACCUGGGGAGUAAAAGUAUCCAUAGUGGAACCAGGUAACUUCAUCGUGGCCACCGGCAUCCUAACCCGUGACAUUGUGGCGAGCACGGCGAAUAAGCUGUGGAGUGAGGCGCCCUCGCACGUGAAGGAGGACUACGGGAAAACCCACUUCGAGCAACACAUGGCUCUGAUGCGCAGCUACUGCAACAGCGGCCAGAAGGAUGUGGCUCCUGUUCUGGAUGACAUCACCGACGCCAUCAUGUCCAAACGCCCUUAUGCUCGAUACAACCCCAUGGAGCCGCACUGGUGGAUCAGAAUGCAGCUGAUGACCCAUCUUCCCGGCGCUAUAUCCGACUUCCUCUACUUUUAAAUGAGAAGCUGUCCCUGUACCAGCUCCCUCCGUUCCACCACCUCCCGCCUCCAAUGACAGAUAUCAGCAUAUUCUUCAACUAUGUAGCACUACGCAGAUCUACAAACUUGAGGAGGGGUCUCUGCUGUGCAUUCCUCUGCAGUCAUUCACGGAUCAAGCCUUAAAAUGUAAUGGUUUUUUUUUGACACUGUAAGUGCACUUUGCUUUUUGUAUGUCUGACAAAAAAAACAACAUAAUUUUAUCUCUUCAGAUAUAUUCCCUGAUAAGUAGUAACUACUUUUUGUUGGAUUUCAGCAGGGCUAUGACAUACUCAUGGCUAUAAAUAUGGCAUUGUUCUUGCUUGUUGUGUGUUCAUCUUUAUAUAUAAAAAAAAAAGGUUGUUUUUCCCCUUAUAUACUUUCUUUCCCCCUUCCUGUCUUGUAAUGUUUUGCCUUAUGAGAAUCUUUCGGAGCCCCACUAGCACGAGGACCAAAAGCUGGUUGAGCUCAAGAGAAGGCUCCUGCUGUUCUGUUGUGGCUGACGCCGGAACAAACCAAGGUCAGCUACUGUAAGACCGUGGUGAGAUUUGGCUCGACUCGCCCCCAAAGUUACGUAACAACUAACACAAGCCCACUUUGUCUCACAUUGCGGCACUGAGAUCCUGAGCGGCUGCCGCUCCGACAGUGAGGUCGAUUGAUGUGAUUAAUGGGCGUGCUUGAACACAAACACCUCUUUGGUGUCAUCGUAUUUUAUAUAUAGAAUGAUGUGAAUGAAUAGAGCAUUUUAUUUUGAAAUUACAACAAAUCACAGUAUAAUUAUUUGAAAAAUAAAGUGACCAAAAUGUAAUCGUUGGCUGUUUUGUUGGUGUCGUUCCAGACAGGCCUGGGUGUUGCCAGUAAAUGUAGUUAUACAAAUGGCCACCAAGUGGCAUAUGUGCAUCAUAGAAAACCACCACUGCUGCCUCCAUGCAUUAUUCAUCUGCUGCCUGUCACAUAAUGCGAAUGUCCUAAUUUAAGCUGCAAAAGCACAGUAGUAGUAGUAACAUUUAAACAACUCAUUCUGAGACCGUUCAAACAUGACAGGCAGAAGCAGACAUCACUUUUUGUAUCGUUUAUUACGUCUUUUGAACACUCUAAUAAACUCUUCUAAAUUAUUACACCUGAAGACGAUCUCCCCCCUCCAUAAAAACAGUAUUAAGAGCAUGACAUUUAAAUUUCACAGCACUGCCUUUAUCAUUCCACAGCAUGGAUCUGUUUUCUUCACUCCCUCUCAUACAGAAAAAAAAAAAAAA